UUAUAUCCUUGUAUGGUGGAUAGUUGCCGCUAGUAUUUAUACCACAUAUAUGGUAGUAUAUGACCAGGACGAAAUCCACAAGAUUCCAUUCUACUGUCCAACAUCAUACGACUACCAAUCUAAACUUAUACAAGUAGCAUGUAAAAUAAGAUUUUUAGACAUGAUUUGUAUGUGGUUAUAUGUUUUAUUUGGUGUCCUAUGGUGUGGUGCUGGUAUUUUCGGUUAUUUGCCGAGAAAAGAGGAUAUGAAAUGGUGGAAUGAAUGGUUUGGUGACGAAGAAAAUCAGAAAAGAGAGUUUACAACCAAUCAAACAGAUAUGGUAGAAUGGGUACAAUCAACGAGAAGAGAAUCCUUUGCUUUACUCACUUUUUUUAUAUCAUUUGUUUUUCCAUUACAAAAAAACAAAGCGAUUAUUCUCAUUGGUUUUCUAGAAGAAAUGACGCCAGAACUUCCUAAUGAAUUAAUUCUCGAAAUACUUAGUGUUCUAUUUCGAGAUACUAGAGAUUUUAAACAAUUAAUCAAGCUGCGAAUGAUAAAUAAACAGUGGAAUUCAAUUAUUCCGGUUGUUAUUAAUGAUAAAUUACAACGUAAUCAUGCUGAUAAAUAUACUGUUGAAGUUUCGUGGGGAAAUCACAAGUGGUCAGAAUACGUCCUUAAACAGCUACGAGUAAAACCACCCAUAUUACCAAUCUAUUUACCUUCACAAAACAUUGUUUACUUCAAUUUCGAACUUGCGCCGAUAUCUUUUAAUGUUAGAGAUAUUAAAGAGUUUAAAUUUUAUUUAUUUUGGAAUUAUCAACCUGUUGAUAAACACUAUCCUGUUAAGGUCCAAGAAACCGGAAUGAGAAAGUCUGAAAUAAGGACCAUUAAUGAUAAUAAGAAUGAACUGUGCAUUAAAUGCGAAGAUGGUCAAAUUAGUUUAGUUGAUUGGAGAAUUAAUGCAUGUUCUAUCUUUGAAGUUUUCGAGCUUGUUAUUUAA